AUGAGGACAACCUUGCCAUUAGCACUGACCAGGCUGCCCAGUCUGAGGCUGCCCUCGACGCUGAGCCUGAACAGCCCAAGCUCCUCCCUGCGCAAGGCCAUUUCACACAUCUUUGGCCGCAACAAGCUCUGCACCAAGUCGAUUCCAGCCCACAUCUGGGUCCACUACUGCCGCAAGCACUACCAGAGAUCUCGCUAUCGCAAUGCUACAGACUACGCACUGCGCCAGGUUGACCUGGUCCUCCUGCAAGUCACAAAGGUUCAGGAGUGGUCUGAUGACAAUGUCAAGUGCAAGCGACGGGGCGCCGGUGUCCUGAAGCACUGGACUCUCCAGGCUAGGAAGCGUGAGGCAAAGCGCCUUCAAGACACCGAGUCUCGCAAGCGUCGCUAUGCUGAAGAGGAGGACGAUGAUCCGAGCCUCGGCAGUGUUGGUACUGCCAUCCCCAUCUGGCUCCAGCCCCGUCUCAACCAGGACUACGACACUACUCACAUGCUCGAGAUUGUGGAAGAGAUCAAGGUCCACAUGACCAACGGCGAAAUCACCCAGAUCCCAGACAUCGAGAUCCUGCCAGAGAUCACCACUGACGGUAAUGAGUCCCGCCCCCGGACCACGGUCCGCCGUAGCAGUAGCGCUGGUGGCCACCGCAAGACCCAGAGCGAGGCCUAUCGCACCCCUCCUGCCAUGGGCGCCUACAGCAACUCGUCUCGCAUCGGCUUGUUUGCCCAGGACAACAAGCGCAUGCGAUCUGGACCCUACAGCCUCAGCAUGCAGAACCUGCCCCACCGCCCUGUCAUGGGCAUGUCACAACCGCAGCCUUACUCGUACCAGUUCCCGCAGAACAAUGCCUUUGCGACCAUCGCCGAGAACCAGGCAGACCACAGCUACUGGAACGGUGGCUACAGCAGCAACUCGGUCCUCCCGCAGCCUGUCCACCAGCGCAGCGGUGCAGUGCCCAACCUGGAUCACAACGCUAUCCAGGAGCAGCAGCAGUCGCCUUAUGCACCCCAGGGUCGCCCUUCCAUGCAUGCUAGAAGCAUGUCGGAGAAUCCUGGUCUGCGCACGAAUGAGUACGGCAACACCGAAUUCCGCUUCCCUGCCCAGCCCGGCAACGGCUACCAGCAGCAGCAACAAGAUGUGUUCGGCAACCUGAACAUGGGCCACGGCCAGGGCCCCCAGGCUUAUGGCUAUGGGCCCCCCACCCCUCAGGGGUAUGGCAACCCUUAUGGUAUGAGCCCUCGUGACGGCCAGGACAACAUCUUUGGCUCCUAUUACCAGCCCGACUGGACCGGCCCUCGUGGGCAACACUCUCGCGUCCAGAGCACCCCCGCCGUGCACCAGCAGCACCACCAGCAGCACCACCAGCAGCAGCCAGUCGGCCCUCCCCACAUGUCUGCCGUCAAUGGCCAGCAGGGUAUGCUCCCAUCCAUGAACAACAUGGGCCCGCAGCACCAGAUGUACCAGGGUGGACAGCAGCACAACGGCUUUCAGGCACCGCGUGUGUUUUAG